AUGGACGUGUCCGUGGCAAUUAUUCAACUACGCCGUAGUGAUCGUACGUUUCUAUCUCCUCAUGACUAUGACGUAGUUAUUCUCGAUGAACCGUCGACCAGCUACAGCGUACCGAAGCAUCAAGACGUGCAGCCAUAUCCAGUGAAGAAACGAACUACCGUAGGAGGUCAUGGUGUUGCAAGUACCGUAAUCAAACUACCGUCAUUUCGGGUUACCGACUGCAGUGCAAGCCUUGCAGAUUCUGUGCUCAGUGAACUGGCAGCAAAGACCAGGACAGCAUUCCGCCGAGCCGUUGCUAUACCACUAUGGGACGGCGAUGGACCGCCUUCAAGUGGACGAAUUGCUCCCGGUACCGUACUCAUGUGCGCUCCAAUGGUUCCGAAAGAAGGAAUCUACAGCGACUGGGCAUUCCUCUUGAAUCCAUUUUCUGGAUGGAUGAAGACUGCGAUCCUAUACGCAUCGACAGUGCUGAUACUCUACAGAAUGCUGCAAUGGACACAACCGUACUUCGCCUGCACAUUCGUAAUGACCACGAGCAUGAACACUUCGACAUAUCUUGUCCCAGCUGCGAUGAAUUCACUACACGCACUGUUUGUCGCAGGAGACGACAUCCCCGGCAACCAUCCCGUAGUCGUUCAAGAUCCAAAAGUCACAACAGAACACAUGCUCAUCAUUUCCAUUCGAGAAGCCGUUCAAGAAGCCGUCAUCGAUCUCGUGAACGACGUUCUCAUACGAGGAACCGUUCUCGGAGCCACAAUCGCUGUCAUCGAUGCUGCCAUUCAAAUUCCCGAGCUCGCUCCAGAAGUCAUGACCGUCAUCACGGGCAACAUCACCCCUCAAGAGUUGUCAUGGAGGAGCAUCAUCAUGGCCAUCUGA